GGGGACAUGUGGAGCCCCUUGUAGGCCUUGUGGGAACAUACCGAAUGAAUACCAGAUGACAUGUCUCAGAGCCUUGAACGGGUGUACAAUAUCAUGUGGUACAUGCUACACAGAAGAAGGUCAUGCCUGGGACACCAACAUUGUGCUGGACUCGACGAUGGUGGAAAGACUUGGCACAACAGACUAAGUCUAACUCAUGAACAAGAACAUGGUCGAGCAUUAACGCAUUGUAGGUCCUCCCUCCCCUUCGUUGCCUGGCUAUGGUGGGUACAAGGAACGCAUGCAUCUCGGAGGUGUUACAUUGGCAGCAUCACAAAGGGCAUUAUGACUUUGACGUAUGCACGGUUGGAUCUAAUCUGAGGUUUGGAUUCUCGCCAUCGCUUCGUGUACCCCGUUCAGAGUCAAGAUCUGGAAAAUUUUGGUCGCUCACUGAUCCGCGUGGAUGGAUCACGUGUACUUACAUGGGAUGGAGGGAAACCAAGACAUGAGCAAACAAAAUCCUACAGAAGCUCACCUGUUGUCAGUCGUGAAACCUCUCGAUCUGCUCACCAAUCAGCGCGAUUCUUCAAUAAAGAACAGAACAGCCUCAAAGGGCCCGAGUACACGGCAGGCAGUCGACGAGGCUGCCUCCCCUUCCCUUUUUGUCCCAAUGAUACAUCUGAACGUCAAAGACAAAAAGGCUCUCUCGGCUCUCUCAUCAUGUCUGAAACUGGGCGAGCUCGUUCACCAGAAAGAUCCAAAGGCCUCAAGCUUAGGCCUUUCAUUCCUUCCGAGGACUGGUCACAAAAGUGGUCUUUGCUUACCAGAGCCUGUACUGCUCUGCUCACGGUCGUUAUCGAACUUAGAUCCGAUUUGUUAAGGCCUCUGCGGGCGGUCUAAUGAACAGUAUCUAUGAGGCUCGCUGGCCUUCGCUUUCAGUACUGCACACGUUGACAGCAGGCUUUGGGAGACCAGAAUGGACCUGGGCGCUUUUCCUUGCUUUUUUCACGAUCUAUAGUUCAGGGAUCUGAACACUCGAGCUCCCUACUGCGUCGCAGAUAUCGGAGAAAAGUAGGAUUGCGUGGAAGCUGUUGUGAAGAGGUAAGAUAAUCAGUACACUGACUUGACAUCUGUCUGAGAGAUUGCAGAAGAGCAGC